AUGGCUUUUUACACCGGUCUCCAACUUCAUCACUCAAGUCAACGAGCCAUUCACGCUCUUUGCGAUGGCGAGCCCUCUCUCUUAACCUCCUCUGUUUCCGAGGCCGAGGAACGUCAGAUUCCAGCACCUGAAAUCUUUUCUUCUCUCGGCUCGUCCAAGACGUACUCAGAAAGUUUAGUCUGGCCAAAGGUAUCAGAAUGUGCAGUGCACCUUGAGCUCUUGCAUGCUUUGUAUCAUUUACGGCAAAGAAUACAACUCUCGCCAAUCAACUUCGCUGGCAAAACAACGAAUGAUGAAAAACAACUGGAAUCAAUCAUGAAGAAACGAUGGGCCAUCUACUCGCUCUUUUCUGUGAUUAGGCUUCUGCGCUGGAUAGAAACGGACGCCACACCACCACCACUCGACAUUCUCAUGGUAUGGCAAGCAUGCCUUCUGAAUCCAGCACACUUUGCUGUCUUAUGCAAAACGCUGAGGCGUGAGAGCUUCCGAAGCAUCCGUUUUCCAUGGGUAACAGUGCAUGCCUCAAUCGAUCCUAACGAUUGGACGUUCCGCUUGCCAGAAGAAGAGAAGACAAAUUUCACUUCAAACUCGAAACUGCAUUCCGACCUCUUAGAGCUUUUACUUGCCGAAAAUCCUACACAAGCUCUUUGUGAAAUCGAGUACUGUACCCUGGGAAGCAACGGUAGGAGCCAAAAUCCUACAGCAACACAAAGCACCACAAAUAAACCAGUCGGCGACAUCAUAGAAGACGCUCUCAACCAGGCCGUGCAAUUCUUUAAAAACAAGAAAGUCGUGAACGAAAUAUUAGCAGCCAUCGAGCGCCAGUAUUCUUUCAUCACAAAAAUGGAGCAGCACCUCUGGAUUCGCAGUCCUGCUCUCGAAGGCACACUCCGCCGCGCAAUCGACCGUUACCAAAAAUUCACCCACCUGCUAAAAACAUACCCUGGCACCAUGCUCGUUCCUACGCUCGACAUCGACCUCGUAUGGCACACGCAUCAGUGCUCCAGCGCACAGUACCAAUCAGACAUGGAAAAACUCACGGGAAAGUUCAUUGAUCAUAAUGACAAGCUCGGCGCGCCUGUGCUCAAGGGCGGGGAAGACAGGACCCGUGAAUUAUUUUACUUGCGGUUCGGGCGCGAGUACCUCCUGUGCUUUUGCUGGGAUUGCGAGGCUGUGUUGUCCGAGGUGGAGAGGCUGAAGGGUCAGAAGAUGGAUAAGGAACGGAGGAGAGAUGCCGCAAGGCGUACAGCGAUCCUUGUCUCGUACUACAGGGCUGUGGAGCUGGCGCGUCAGAGGGGUAAGCCGGGCUUUCUCAUGUAUGGUUCUUCCAGUGAGGCAGCAGCGGCUUGA